CAUGAGAUCGCUUAUUUUCCUUUCGUUCCUCUUACUUUUCCAAACUCUCCCCCUUCAUGGCGCCGAGAUAUACGUGCACAUGAUGCCCUGGUUCGAAACCAAAGAAACCAACAAUGGUACCUGGGGCCAACACUGGACAAUGGCAAACCGAAAUCCCGACAAUAUAGUAGAUGGUGUUCCCGAAAUCGCCUCUUUCUAUCAUCCCGAAAUCGGUCCCUACGCAUCCGGAGAUCCCGAUGUCAUCGACUGGCAACUAGGACACAUGAAAGCAGCAGGAAUUUCAGGAAUCUUUCUUGACUGGCCUGGUACCACCGACGCUUAUGAAUACGCCAAGAACAAAGAAAACGCAGAGGCUAUUAUAGAGGGCACCAAAAGAGCUGGACUUAAGUUUGCGGUUGUCUAUGAAGACAAUAACCUGAACUUGGCGGCAGUACCGGACAAGAUUGCGCAAGGUCAAGCGGACAUGGAGUACCUCCAAAGUAACUAUUUCACGGAAGAUAAUUAUUUGCAAGUGAAGGAUGCACCACUUCUUCUUGAUUUUGGACCACAAGCUCUGCAUGAUGCUGAAUGGGAUGAAGUUUUAGAACCGUUGGAUCCAAAAGCCACCUUUGUCACGCUGUAGAAUCAAGGGCAGCAAGCUGGAAAUUACGUUCAAGGGGAGUUUGCUUGGGUAUGGGCUGACUUUGUUGACACACUAAUAGUUUGGUACGCGAAUCGGAAUGUUUCGGUGAAAAUCGGUGUUGCCUAUCCUGGUUUUCACCCCUUCUAUGGUGAAGGUGGAUGGCCUGGACCUAUGUUUUAUAUUGAGUACGGGGUACCUGCUUUCAAUACCACGUGGCAAAUGGCUUUAAAUAACACCGACAUUAUUCAAAUCUGCACUUGGAAUGAUUAUGGUGAAGGUACUAUUAUCGAACCUACGUUGGAAUAUGGUACUCAGUUUCUAGACAUAAUUCAGGAAUAUACUGGCAGCAAGUAUACAUCAGAUGACUUCAGGAAACUGACUGAUAUUUAUUUCAUGAAGAAAAAGUACGCUGAUGAUCCCGUCAUGCUCAAAUUACUUAGAGACAAACAUCAUGCACUUGUACAUAAAUUUGAUGAACUGACGUAAUA